AUGGGUGGUGUCUGCAGCUCAUGCUGUGGCCAGCGGCGCAAGAACAACUAUGAGCCUCUUCUCCUUGAGAAUGAGCGCGAAGCCGUAGCCGACCUCCUCCAAUACCUCGAGAACCGCAGCACGACCAACUUCUUCACUGGGUCCCCUCUCGCAGCUCUCACGACACUUUCAUUCUCCGACAACGUCGACCUGCAGCGCUCGGCCGCACUUGCGUUUGCGGAGAUUACUGAAAAGGAUGUGCGCGAAGUUGGACGCGACACUCUCGACCCCGUUCUCUACCUUCUCACCAGCCACGACAGUGAGGUUCAGCGCGCCGCCAGCGCUGCUCUUGGAAACCUUGCAGUCAAUGCUGAGAACAAGCUCCUCAUUGUUUCGCUCGGCGGCCUCGAGCCCCUGAUCCGUCAGAUGCUGAGCCCCAAUGUCGAGGUUCAAUGCAACGCGGUCGGAUGUGUGACCAACCUGGCAACUCAUGAUGAGAACAAGACUCCUAUCGCCAAGUCUGGUGCCCUUGUCCCUCUGACGCGUUUGGCAAAGUCAAAGGACAUGCGUGUCCAGCGUAAUGCUACUGGGGCUCUUCUCAACAUGACUCACUCUGACGAAAACCGGCAGCAGCUCGUCAACGCUGGCGCCAUUCCUGUUCUUGUGUCUCUUCUCAACAGCCCCGACACCGACGUCCAGUACUACUGCACCACGGCCCUGAGCAACAUUGCUGUUGACGCCGCGAACCGCAAGAAGCUUGCUGCAACUGAGCCCAAGCUCGUUCAGAGCCUCGUCGCUCUCAUGGACAGUCAAAGCCUCAAGGUCCAGUGCCAAGCUGCUCUUGCGCUGAGGAACCUUGCCAGUGACGAAAAGUACCAGGUCGACAUUGUCAAGGCCGAUGGCCUCAAGCCUCUCCUCCGUCUUCUGCACUCGUCAUACCUUCCUCUUGUCCUGUCGGCUGCGGCCUGUGUCCGCAAUGUUUCAAUCCAUCCGGCAAACGAGUCUCCUAUCAUCGAGGCUGGCUUCCUGCAGCCUCUCAUAGGUCUGCUCUCGUUUGACGAGAACGAGGAGGUUCAGUGUCACGCUAUUUCGACGCUCCGCAACCUUGCGGCAAGCAGCGAGAGCAACAAGGGCGCGAUUGUUGAGGCUGGCGCUGUCGACCGGAUCCAGGAGCUGGUCCUGCAGGUGCCGCUCGCUGUGCAGAGCGAGAUGACCGCCUGCGUUGCUGUGCUUGCUCUGAGUGACAACCUCAAGCCUCAGCUUCUCGAGAUGGGCAUCUGCGAGGUUCUCAUCCCGCUUACCAGCUCACCAAGUGUAGAGGUCCAGGGUAACAGUGCUGCCGCUCUGGGUAACCUGUCUAGCAAGGCCGCUGAGGAUUAUGCUCCCUUCAACGCCGUGUGGAACAAGCCAGAUGGGGGUCUCCAUGCGUACCUAGUUCGCUUCCUCAGCAGCGCGGACACUACGUUCCAGCACAUUGCUGUCUGGACGAUUGUCCAAUUGCUCGAGGCCAAGGACCCCCAGCUCACCAACAACAUCCGCAACUCGACCAUACUCGUGUCCUCGAUCCGGCAGCUGGCAGAGUCUGCGCCCUCGCCAUCUCACGGUGCUCGGGGCGGCCACAUCUCGGACGAUGACUACAACGAGGACGGCAUGUUCGAGGAUGGCGAGGGCGAGAUCUACGGUCUUGCCAAGCGCAUCCUCGAGCUAAUCGACGAGAGCGACGGCGCAGGCGGGCGGGACGGACAAUUUAACGGAGAGGAGAGUGCGGGGGAGCACACUGAAGACCACGCGGCACUGCGGGCUAGUGUUCACCAGGCGCUGCGUGGUCAGUAA